AUGCGCCUUCUAGCACACCUCUUGAUCAGGCGGCACUCAAGGCUUUGUCCUUUUGCCCUCUCUACUCCCCGAAGUGUCUUUUCGUCUUCCUGCAAACGAUUCUCUUCUUCAUAUUCCGAUAGGACCUUUGGCAUCCCCGUGGGGAGCAAUGGGCAUGUCUUGUUGAGUGUAACCGAAUCGCUCGAGUCUCCGAAACAAGCCUAUCCGAAUGUGACCGUUUAUCUCCCCCCGGGGCCGGUUUUCCAGCAACAGAAUACACCUACAAGUACCGAUGUGAAGAAUUCGGUCUCCCACAAUGACACCGAUCCCUUCCGCGCCCAACAUGGCCUCGCUACAUCGACCUCCUCAACCGUCGUAACCAUCUACUACCGCCUAGGCACAAUCGAACCACCCGAGGAGCAACUCCCCGACGCAGAAAACCCUGAAAAUGACGGUAGCAGUACCGCGAAAUCAGCCGUCGCCAAACCCGAUGAGAAUGAAUCGCCCCGCCUCGUACACUACGAAUACGAGAAUGCUGUGCACGAUACAUUAACAGCAUUCGACUGGAUCCAGAAAACCUUCCAGCCGAGUCAGCUGGAUGUCCUGGGUAGUCAUGUCGGUGGCUCUUUGGCGCUGAUGCUCGCGCUUACGGAGUCGCAGUCGAUACAUGCUGUCGCGGCUGUGGAACCCAUUUGUGACUGGACGGGUUUGGAUGAGUGGUGCAUGGUUCCCGACUACCUACCAGCAGAAACAGAUCCACAGAUCGAAGCGAUAGAGGAACACAUAUCGAACUUGAGAUUAUCCGAAGGUGGAAGGGGAGCCAUAAAGAGAAAAACAAAAUCUCAAUCCGUCGCACCUCCAGAACUAGUCCCUCUCCUCGAAGCCCGCAGAUCUCUCUUCGUCAAGCCAGAGCGGUAUUUCGACCCCUUCGCCUCUCCAAUCAUUUUCGUCCGCACUCCUGGAAGGGCUAUCCCCGCCAAGUUUCCACUUUACCUCACCGGCCCCGACCAUCCGAUCCCCGUGUUACGAGAGAAAAUCGUCCUCGACGUAAUGUCCCUUGGCCUCGUCGAAGACGAGGACGUCCUCCGCGGUGAAACCCUGGAAGAAGAAAUAGACGACGAGCAAUUCAACAACUAUUACGAUGAAUCCAUCUACAUCGUAGCCGAUCAGAACGGAAGAAGAUACAACCUCGAGAUCCCAAUGUACCGAAAAGCACUCCUCCGCUGGCCCCCAGAGGGCCUCGAUUACGGCCUCAGCGGCGUAAACUGGUUCCAGCCACAUCUUCUUGAAUUCAAGAGGUUGGAUAUGACGCUUCCCUGGGUUCAUUUGUUUGUUCGCCGGCCCGAGUCCAGGAGAUCCGGGAACAAGACUAUUCUCUCUGAACAAGCGAAGUAUAUGCAUAAAACCCUGCAACGGGCGUGUUUCUGGGGGGAUAAUGCUAGGAAGGAAGUCCGUGAGAAGGGUGUUCAAUUGUCAAGAGUCCCUUCGGGUGAAGUGUGGCCUGCUAGCGAUGGUAUUGAGAAGAUGGCUGGGGAGUGGUUGAAUAGUGUUAUGGAGUGGCCGCGCAAUCCUGAGAAAGAGAAGGAAGAGACAGGCGAGGAGUCUAGCGGUUAA